AUGAAGGUGAUGCAGGUCUUCUCUUUGCGUUUCAAAGAGCUAUGGGAAGAAUGGGAGCUCUGCGGUGUCAUUUUCCUCAGCCUCGCCCUUCAAAUCCUGCUCAUUUGUACAGGCAAUUGCCGCAAAUACAUACGCUUCGCCUCGUUCUGGGGGAUCGUUUGGCUGGCCUACCUAAUGGCUGAUCCGGUCGCUAUCUAUGCACUGGGCAUAAUCACAAACAAGCUCACGAAAAUAAACAGCCAAAGUGUGGACGCAAACACUGAGCGGAAUGCCUUCUGGGCGCCAUUUCUCUUGUUACAUUUAGGAGGCCCUGACACCAUCACGGCAUACGCCCUAGAAGACAAUGAGCUCUGGGUGAGGCACCUGUUGUCACUAAUCACCCAAGCAGGAGUAACACUUUAUAUCUUCCUGAUGGAUUGGACUGGCCUGGAUAUAUCCAUCCUUGCCAUCGUGAUGAUUCUUGCUGGGCUCGUCAAGUAUGGCGAAAGGGUUUAUGUGCUCUGGGCUGCCAGCAGUGAGCAGUUCAGGGACUCCAUACCCGACCCACCUCCUAAUUAUUCGAAGAUAUUGGAGCAACAUAAGUUGAUGGAGGCUGAAGGCUACGACGUCAUACCGCAUGAAGUGAUUGAGGUCCGUGAUGUGAUCGUGGAAAACAAUGUGGAUGGUGUUGAUCUUUCGUCUCUGGAGGAAAAACUUGAUCCAGCGAAGCUUUAUAAGCGUGGGCAAGGAGAAUUACUUGCAGCCAGAGGCUUGGUCAAAAUAUUCCAACGCCUUUUUGCAGAUCUACUGCUGAGUUUCAAGGAUCGCGACACAAGUUGGUCAGUGCUCAAGGAUAAGAAUUUCCUCGUGGCCUUCAAGAUCAUUGAGAUUGAAUUGGGAAUGAUGUGUGAUUUGCUCUACACGAAGGCCAUGGCAAUCCAUACCAGUUGGGGCUUCACUCGCCGCAUAAUUGGAUUGGUUUCGACCUGCAUCAUAUUGGUACUCUUCAUCCUGAUCGAGGAUCAUCGAUACUCAAUAGCUGAUCUUUGUAUGACCUUUGUACUGCUAGGAGUGGCCAUAUUCCUGGAGAUUUAUGCUUUGGCUGUUCUUCUUUUCUCUGACAAGACGGCUUGUUGGUUGAUCAAGGAAAAGAAAUUCGCUGUCUUGGAUAUCAUCAAUUGGUUGAAACCUCUGACUAAACAGCGCCGAUGGUCCAAUCACAUGGCUCAAUACAACCUACUGAGCUUUGCGCUCAAAGAGAAGCACCUCUUUUGCCAUCGACUCCUUGGAUAUCUGCACAUUGACGAGAAGGUCGAGAAGCUCCUUUACAAACAUCACAAGAAAGUGACCAAAGAUCUAAAGAAACUUCUAAUGUCACAUUUCACGGAAAUGCAAUCCCUGUGGACCACCAGAGGAAGCAGGGUGCUCGAAAAGUUCAACAGAAUGGAGAGUUUGAAAUGGAGCAUUGAGUUGGAGUUCGAUCAAAGCAUCCUUAUUUCGCAUAUCGCAACCGAAUUGUGUUGCCACCCGAAAGACAAAGACAGCUUGAAAAAUCCGGUUUACAACGAAUGA